CCGGCGGGGCUUCCUGCCGAGGCGGAGCGGGCUGCAUGGGACGCCAGGGGGCGCUGGGCGUCGGAACCUCCGGCGGUCGCGCGCGGGGCCGGGGCCAGGUUGGGCACGGACCGGAAGUGCCUGAGCGCGGCGACGGAGUGCUCCCUUGAGCACCUGAGGCCGCUGCCACCCUCAGACAAUGUUCUUGGCGCGCCUGACUUCUCUGCUGGUCAGGGCUGCUCCCCGGGCAGGCUGCAGUCUGCCCCAGCCUGUCUCAGGGGUGCUGGGCAGCCAUGCCAGCAGGCCCCACUACAGCACACAACCAGCAGGCCCCAGAGGGGCUGCCCCCCUCCCUGGCCAGCAGGCCCAGGUGGAGCUUGAGGAGAUGCUCGUGCCCAGGAAGAUGUCCAUUAGCCCCCUGGAGAGCUGGCUGACUUCCCGCUACCUCCUGCCCAGACUGGACUCUGGGACCCUGGAGUCUGUGUUUUCUGCCCAGCCCUACGAGUGUCCACCCAGCAAAGAGGGUGAGUGGGCCAAGCAGGGGGAUGAGGAGGUCUGGGAUGCACCCCACAUGCAGUGCAAAAACGUGCUGAAGAUCCGCCGGCGGAAGAUGAACCACCACAAGUACCGCAAGCUGGUCAAGAGGACUCGGUUCCUGCGGCGGAAAGUCCGAGAAGGGCGCUUGAGACGGAAGCAGAUCAAGUUCGAGAAAGACCUGAAGCGCAUUUGGCUGAAGGCGGGCCUGAAGGAAGCACCUGGGGGCUGGCAGACCCCCAAGAUCUACCUGAAGGGCAGAUGAGUCUGGUGCCACCCCCACCUCCCAUCUGCCUGUCACCGUUUGUGACUCGCGUAAUAAACGUUUGAGAGCUCA